AUGUUCCUGCAUGGGUUGGCUGACCGUGUCCAGAGGGAGAUCUACGCCCUGGACCUACCAACAACCCUCAACGGCCUCAUCGAACUGGCUCUGCGGGUGGAUGCUCGGCUGGCUAGGGUCGGGAGCAGAGCUUUGUUCAACCGUUCUUCAGGAGGAGUCGAGGAGCAACGGUCCAGCGGCAGGGACACGGUCAGCCCAGUCGUCGAUCACGAACCCAUGCAGGUGGGUCGUGCUCGGCUUUCCAGGGAGGAGAAGGAAAGGCGGAGAUCCCUGGGCCUUUGCCUAUACUGUGGAGGCACGGGACACUUCGCUUACAACUGCCCGGAGGAGGUUGGGGAUUUGUCUAACGUGCCCGAGGAGUACCACGAUCUGAAGGAAGUGUUCAGAUACAUCAUCUCGUCUGAGGGAAUGCGUGUGGAUCCUGAGAAGGUUAAGGCUGUGCUAGCCGCGCCUCUGACUGCCUUGACCUCCCCCAGCACUCCGUUCAGGUGGUCAGAUACAGCCGAGGCUGUAUUUGCCAAACUCAAGAGCCGCUUUGUUUCAGCUCCCAUCCUCAUUGCCCCUGACUAUUCACGGCAGUUCGUGGUGGAGGUCGAUGCGUCAGAGGUGGGGCUUGCUCCCAAAUUUAUUGGCCCGUUCUCUGUCACCAAGAUCAUUAGUCCGGUGGCAGUCCGCCUUAGUUUACCUCCAGCGUACAGGAGGAUCGUUGUUGGAUGUGUCCGUGUUCCAGUCUUGUUCCUGAGUAUCUCGUCGUGUGUUCCUGUGGAUUUCGUCUUGUUCGUGGAUUAUCGUCGGUUGUGGAUUUCACCGGUUGUGGGUCGUUCCUCGUCUGUCUUCACUGCACCACUUGGGAUUCACCACGCUGACCAUCAACGUCCCUGUGUCGCCAUCCACGCCCGUGUCUUUCUUUCUUCAAUCUCCCUCAUUACUUUUGUUGCAGUACUGCGGGAUGUCAUGGAGCUGACAGAGAAGUUUACCUUCAAUCCCAAGGAGGGAAUAGACAAUCCAGCCAUGGUGACUGCAGACGAUACAGAGCAUGUGUCAAAUCCCACACCACGUGUGUGCGUGCUGAGGAGGGAAGAAGGAGAAACCUUUGGCUUCCGCCUGCGUGUGGAAAGAGGGCGGCAGGGUCAUAUAAUCAGGCAGCUGAAUUCAUUGGGUGUGGCAGAGCGGAGUGGGCUCAAGGAUGGGGACCACCUGCUUGAAGUCAAUGAGAAGUUUGUUGACAACGUGGAACACAUGGAGGUGGCCCGUAUGAUUCAGGUGAGUGGAUCACAGUUCUGCUUCCUGGUUUUAGAUGAAAAGGCCUACGACCAGGCUGUUUCUGAGGGCCGUGACCUUAGAGAGUUGGCUAAAGCCAGCCGUGGAGAAGGAUGGAGGCCUCCUCGUCUCUGCCACAUCAAGAAAGAUGCUCCUGGCCUGGGCCUCAACAUACUGCCUUUGGAAGGUGAGAAAGGCAAAUUCGCUGUAAGCCCAGUGAAAGGAGGUGCCGCAGAGAGGGCAGGAGUGAGGAAAGGUGACCGGCUAAUCUGGAUGGAUGGUGCCAUGGCCUGUGAACUCACACACUCUGCCAUCAGCAGAAUCGUGAAGAAGUGCAGUGAUCACAUGACAGUGCUGGUGAUUGACAGUGACAGUGAGAAGAGUUAUGCCGGUAGGAAAAUGCCCAUUCUCCCAGCCCUGGCUGACGCAGAGAACAUGCCGUAUCGGCCCCACAGACUGCAUUUGGUGUUGGGGCCGGAAGGGUAUGGCUUCUUGCUCAGGCUGGAGAAGACUGGAGCAGGACGCACUGUCCACAUGGUGAGAGAGGUGGAUAAUGGCAGCCCUGCUGAACUGGGAGGUGUUAAAGAAGGUGAGAUGCUUCUUGAAGUGAAUGGAGAAUCCACAGACUCACUGAGUCAUGAUGAAGUUGUCAGCAAAAUCAGACAGAGUGGGCAGCAGGUCACCCUCACAACUAUGCCACCUCAGGGCCAUGACUUCUACACUAAGCUGGGCCUCUCCCCCUUACUGUUCUGUGUGGAUUUUACAUCUGGUAGCCCGGAGAAAAAGGAAACCCCAAUGACGCUGAAUCCUGAAGUGCCCCCUGUUGAGCCUGAGGUGGAUGUGCAGAUUGAUCCUAAUGUUAGACGCUGUAUAGUGCAGAGGGGCUCGGCUGGUUUUGGCUUCCAUUUGGGUUGCGUCCAACAGAAACCUGGAACUUUCAUCAGCCAGGUAGCAGCGGGAGGCCCAGAAGAGGGUUCAGGUCUGCUUCAGGGUGAUAUGGUGGUGGAGGUGAAUGGACAGAAUGUGGAGAAAGAGUCUGUGGAGGAUGUGAUCUUACAUGUGAAGAGAGGAGGAGACACUCUUUCUUUACUUGUAGUAGAUCAAAAAGGUUAUGACUGGCUGAAGAAGAAUGGGAAGCCAAUCACUGUGAACAAACUAGCAACAAUCUCUGAGGUGGAGGAAAGUGUUUCGAGUGCUGCUAAACCAACACUGAAGACUGAUGACUUGUCUGAUGAUGACCGGACUUAGUUCAUAGUAUAGCUGGGAUGGCCAUAAAACAGUCCUGAUAAUGUCAAUGAGAUUAGUACUUUGAGAAUGAUCUUUAAAUAGAGUUUCACUGGUUAGCUCAUUUCUCUGAACUAUAUUUGCACUUUACCUAUUCAAAAUGUGUGCAUGCAUGAUCCCAAUUCUGCAUAAUCAUUCAGAGUGCUGUAAAGGUUAAGAUUGAUCUGGAAGUAAAAAUCCAGAAUGCAUUGCAGGAAGACGCUAACAUUGUUAAUUUCUGUGUUUCUGAGAAGUAUUAUCUAUUAUAUCAGUAUUUUAACAUGUGCUCACUAUGUUUUGCCAGGUUGUGACUUAUGAAUCUGCCAUUUUUGCAUUGUGUCAUUUUCAUCCUGAAUAAAUUAUCAUUUAAAUG